UGGACGUGAGUUUGCGUAACCGAUUCCCGAAACAACGCAUCCAUAGCCAACCGUCUCUAACAAAAAACAAAACUAGCUUCUUCUCUUUCUCACUCUCUCUCUCUCUCUGCACUUGUUCAAUCAACAAUGUCAAUGGCUUCUCCUUCUUCAAGAAACCAAACGUCGUCGCCGCGUUCGUACUCCUCGGCGUUCGCGUCCACGUCCACGUCGUCGACUAGUUUCUCUCCCGUCAGAGUGCAGGAACACCGUCCGUUGCCGUCGAAGAGUGAGAGGAACAAAGACGCGGUGUCGUCGUCGAGCGAGAAGAGGACGUGCAUGUGUUCUCCAACGAAUCAUCCUGGCUCGUUCCGUUGCGCGUAUCACAAACAGUUAGCGGAGAAGCAGAAGCAGCAAACGACGUCGUUGAGUUGUCGGAGGCUGAACCUUCUUAGAUCGGCGAUGAAGAACUCGGUGGUGAGAAUCGGAGGAGUGGAAGGUGAUCAGAUUGUGAGGAGAGCGUUGACGACCACUCUCAUUAGGCCCUCCUCUCAUCACUUGCGUCGCCGCGAAACCUUUCAGCCCAGGCCCACUCGCCUCUCCCUCAUGUCCAAAGCCCAAGAUCACUGAACAAUAAGCGGAAAAUACUUCUUGUAAAAUUCUGUGGAUAAUCUUUCAAGAAAUUGUUUCUUUUUUGGAAUGAAAAUAAAAAUUACUGAGUUGUAAGUAAUGCUUCCAGUUGUAACCUGUUAAUUAGAUAUAGACGUACACCGGAGUUAGUUUUGUUACAAAUUCCAAUUAAUUGUUCUCACU